AUGGGUCAGCCUGUUACUCUCACAUCUACCAAUGUGCCACGCAAAUUGUCGCCCAUUGGCCCGGUAAUCCACUCGGCUCCCGAGACAACCAAUUUGACUCCAAUCAAACCUCCAUCCCCAUUGAAAACCCAGCUGAUUAUGCAAUCUCUGUGCAACGAGAGCUUUCCUCCCACAGCAGUAGAAAAUCCUUACCGAUACAAUUCCACUCCGUCCACACUGCAACGAAGCACAGCGGACAGCAUGGAAACAAGCGACGUGCUGAAUGAUGGAUCCGGUAAGGGUUCCCGCUCAGAAUUCGCAAAUCAUCAGACACGAUUGACAAAGAUGGGAACGCAACGCCGCCGAUCAGUUGAUCUGAUAGAGCAGAUGGUACCAACUCGACUUGAGGAAGCCUAUGCAUUGAAAUGUCAACCACCGGUCCGCUCCGAGUCUCAAACUCCCAGUGUACCUCGGACCGCAUUUGCCGAAAGACUACUAAUCGCAAGAAAGGCGGUUGACGAGGGAAAAUUAGGCUCUUUUCGCUCCUCCGAACCUGAUGAUACCAUUCACUUAAACUUUGCACGUCGAUUGCGUGAGGAAUUAGAAAGUGAGGUUCCCAUAUCGUACCCCAUGAAUGAGGGACAUAAAACGCGUGGUGCAAAUAUCUGUAUGUCACAGAAGACUGGGACACGUGGAGUGGAAGUUUACAGUGACCUGUUAGACAAGUCCGAGAUGACAACACGAACACAGCUCAGUCAAACCGGCCAGACAUUUGUCUCCCGACAAAGAGCCGUUUCCACUGAUCCGCAUUGUUACCUCUCUAGAUCAAUGCCUGUGCAGGUUGUAAAGCCUGCACUGCGACAGGCUGUGGCUUUGGACUCUAGUGGUCAUGACACCGGAUCCCCUUCCGAUAGCACUGCAUCUAUGAAAUCUGAUGAAAGACCGAGUUUGUUUGAUCCUGAUCGACGUGCAAAACGACUUAGUGCCGAUUCUGCUUCAGCACAGGAUGAGCGAGUGACGGAACCGAAACCAAAAAGUGCCCUGGUUUCCGAGCACAAACGAACACAACGACAACAGAAGUAUGACAAAUCAGGAGGACCCCAAAGAACUGUGGUGUGGAUGGACGAGAUCUGCGGAGACUCUUCGCCCAAUUUAAGCGAUGGAAAACGUGAUUCAGCCAACGAAACUCAAGAAUCCAGUUCAGUUAGAUCAAACACACAAACUUACCUCUAUCCGGAACAAGAUAUACCCGGUCGGUUAGAGCUAAAUGAAGCAGUUUUACGGAAAGACGGUCUAUCCAGCCUUGGUAUUGGUUGCACUCAAGACGAGCGUUCCAUGAUGUGCAUGGAUGUACAGAUACGACCGACGAAUUAUGCCACGGACCCCGCGAAGCAGCACAAGUACCGACGGUCCCUUCCAGACCCAAGACUAAUGUCGAAACAGUGGCCAACCGAUGGCGAAUAG